CUGAGAGCGGGCAGCCCUUGGAAGAGGAAGGGAGAGAAUGAUUUAGCGCUAUUAUAUAUACAGAUAUUAUAUAUAUAUAUAUACAUAUAAACGAGGGGCACCGAAGACACAAGAAAACAAAGCAGCUUAUACUGAGCAUAUGUUGUAUUUAAAUGUACUUUUAUUCUCAGUAAACGGGCUGUAAGUGGUAGUGUCUACUGCCUGUCAACAGCACGGUAAAUAAUGUGUCAUUAAUGUUGCUUAUAAUAUUGGGUUUUCAAUACUGCCAGUCCGAAGAAGACUUUAUUAAGAUACAGUAUUUACAAACUAUAUGGGGUUUGUCAACUGGUUCCCGGUUUUUCAAAAGUAUAUGAAGGCUCGGUGACACAGCCGCCUGUCCAAACCGAAAUAACGAGCCCUCCUCUUCUCCCGGGUGUUGAUGUGAAGAUGGCGACGUGUCUGUACGAGUGUCUGAGCGAGGCCGGUCUGCAGCGCUACUACCCUCAGUUCACAGCCCUGGGUGUGCGCUGGCCCCAGCAGCUCUCCCGGGUCACCAUGAGUGACUACCCGCAGCUGGGCGUGCACGACAUGCAGGACCGCACUCGGCUCUUUGAGCUGGUGCAGAUCGUCAAGGCUGUCCAGGGUGACAAGAGUGGAGAGGGUCACGACCCUCACUCCCCCAGGCAGGCCGCACUGACCAGGUCCACUCCCCGCCGGCAACUGGACUUCACCGCCCUGCCCACGAGUGAGCCAGCCGAGCCAAGAGGGUGCCGUCCCUCCUCCUCCUCUGCCUACUUCAAGACAAGCAAGCAAGAGGGCAGGGAGCGCUCGCCCAGGCACACGCUGGCAAGAGGGGACUGGCUUCACAGCAGGCCGGCUGGCAGGUUGGAGGAGGCUUGGGCAGCAGAGGAGGAACAGGUACACCUUGAGAGAAAAACAUGCUCCUCCACCUCAGGAUACAACUACGGAGUCCCACACUCCACCACUAGGAAGACGAGCUGGGAGUGGGGCCAGGCAGAGUCUGAUAGGAUCCGUGUGUGUGUGCGGAAGCGGCCGCUGGGAAUGCGAGAGGAGCGUCGGGGGGAGGCGGACGUGGUCAGCACCCGGGACAGCAGAACCAUUCUCAUCCAAGAGAAGAAAGAGGCUGUGGACCUCACCCAGUACAUCCUGCAGCAUGUGUUUCAUUUUGAUGCCGUUUUUGACGAUGCUUGCUCCAAUCAGGAUGUGUAUAUGAAGACAGCCUAUCCCCUAAUCCAGCAUGUCUUCAGUGGGGGGAAGGCUACUUGCUUUGCAUAUGGACAGACAGGCGCUGGGAAGACGCACACCAUGAUCGGGACACGGCAGAACCCGGGGCUGUACGCUCUGGCUGCAAAGGACAUCUUCCAGCAGCUCGAGGCACUGGAGCCCAGCUGCAACCUCCACGUCUACAUCAGCUUCUUCGAGAUCUACUGCGGCCAGCUCUACGACCUGCUGGACGGGAAGAAACGGCUGUUUGCCAGGGAGGAUGGGAAGCAUGUGGUGCAGAUAGUGGGGCUGCGAGAGGAGAGAGUGGCAGGGGUGGACGCGCUGCUGGAGGUGAUCUCGUGGGGCAGUAAGGAGCGCAGCACGGGAGCCAGUGGGGUGAACGCAGACUCCUCUCGCUCACACGCCAUCAUCCAGGUACAGAUCAAGGACUCUGCCGCCAGGGUGCACGGGAGGAUUUCUUUUAUUGAUCUGGCAGGCAGCGAGAGGGCGGCUGAUGCCAGGGACCCUGACAAACAGACCAAGAUGGAGGGAGCCGAAAUUAACCAGAGCCUGUUAGCUCUGAAGGAGUGUAUUCGAGCUCUGGACCAGGAACACGCUCAUACGCCAUUCAGACAGAGCAAACUGACCCAGGUACUGAAAGACUCAUUUAUUGGAAAUUCAAAGACCUGUAUGAUUGCUAACAUCUCACCCAGCCACAUAGCCACAGAACACACUCUUAACACUUUACGUUACGCAGACAGGGUUAAGGAGCUGAAGAGAGGAGUGAAACAUUCCCCAGGUCACCUUUACAAAGCAGGCAGGCCAGUGGGAAGCCCGUCUCCAAAACGCAACAAGAACUCCUGCUGGGAGACGAACUCGCCUAAGAAUGUGAAGCUCUUGGGGGACAGAGUAGUGAAGCAGUCUGCUCAGCCGCAGCUGAGACCUACCCAGGAUCUCUUCCAGCCGAGCAGAGUCCUCCUCUGCUCCACACCAAAGGAGGAGGCUGUGACUACCUGGAGGACCCAAGGGACUGUGAAGGAGGCCUGGAUGGAGCAGACAACCCCUGUGAUGGGGACAUUGAGAGGGGGCAGAAGAAGGGAAGAUGUGGCAGAACUAGGGUCCGGAGCACAUGCAGGUAGAAGAACUGACUCUUGCGCAAAGACAGAUUUUAUUAAAGGGCAUUACACAAAAGUCAAUGCGACAGCAGCUCAGAAAUUACAGGGAGCGAUGCCUGUUUUAAAGAAAACUGUUACCAGAGAGAGAUCCGGGGACCGUUCCUCUGUCCAUUGGGCACGGGAGGAGAAUCAGAGUGGACUGGGCCCCCAGCAGUCAGAUGCCAGCUACGCAGAUAUGUACCGAGAGCAGAAGGAGCGGGAGCGGCACCUGAGAAUCUACCACCAUCAGCUGCAGCAGCUCCAGCCACCUCCCAUACUGCAGCAGAUGCUGCCCUAUCAACCCCUGGAGAGCCUGCUAGCUCUCUACAGGGCAGAGGCGAUGGGAGCAGCACAGGGGCAGGAUACAAACAGUAAGAGUUACCAGAGGCGUGGUCUAGGGGAGACAGUACAAGAGAGGAGAAACAGCAGCAGCAGCCAGGGUUCUCUCACGCACCUCAGGGUUGGGGGUGCUGAGAGCAGCAGAGCUAGCGGUGGGGGUAGCCACAGUGAUGGCAGUCAUGAUUCCUUCGUCUUCCUUCCCAGCGCAAAGCCGACAACCCUCUGGAGCAAUGCUGACCACCUGGAGAACGCAGAACAGUCCAAUAGAGGAGAUGAGCACGUUUUUCCAGGAAGAGAUCUUGGAUACCAGGAAGAUAACUACAGGUUCAGAGAAUGCUUCAAAUACCAAGGAGAGUGUGAUCGAGAGCAGAGAUAUGGAGAAGAUUAUGAGUUUGGACAGAGUGGGGAAAGGGAAGACAGAGACCUAGAUGAUCUGGCAUUCUGUGAGAGCUGGAAGCUGGAGAGUGAGCACUGGGAGGACCAGGCUAAAGACUGCCCCAACCACGCUGAGUGGAACUCAGAGGAAGAUUAUGCCAGCUACAGGUCGUGCAGCGACAACAGGGCAGAGAAACCCUGCUGCCAAGAGGAGGAUCACAGCUUCCCAGAGGACAAUUUCAACAACCUGUCGGCUGAUCAAAAGCAGAUUAACUCAUUCGUCAUGCAAGAUGGGCUAGAAGUGAGUGCAGUAGCCUCUGUGCCACCUCUUCAGGAAACGUGCUCCAAUAUACCACCAACCGGGACCGGCUUUGCCAAAUCAGAAAUGGGGAGUUUGAUGGGAAUUGUUGGACCAACAUCUGUAGCAGGUAUGGACAAUAAACCUGAUUCCCAGCCCUUCUCAGAGACAGCAAAUCAAGUUGAGAUGCACGAUUCUAAAGAUUCUUCGUCAGGGAUGAUGGACCCCCUAACGGUAUCCCUCCUGGACAUUGAAAGGACGGCCGCUUCAGAUUCUGUUUUCCACUGCGGUCCCUUGACUCCCGACAGACUUCUUGCUCAGGGAGGGACAUACACGCCAAAGUAUUCUAGGGAAGGGGCACCCGAGGGAGUGGCUGUAAAUCCAGAAUCCUCUCUGGAGCCAUCCCCAAGGUCAGAGAGGAGCUGGAAGCCAGAAUCUGCAGCACCAGAGCAGCAGAGGGGGCAGUUAUACCUGAAACCUGGCCUGGACACAACCAUUUCCUCUAUUAAUGGCUCUCCCCAGGGUUUUGUGACCAUCAAUGAUACAUUUGGACUAGAAGUGGAACCGGAGUCACUGGGACAAGGCAUAGUCCUAGGGAACAAAGAGAAGCCCUCCCAAAACUUGAUCACUAGUACAGGCAGCUUCAGUAAGAGCCUACUCAGCACUUCAGAGGGCUCAAGCAGCAGGCACUACCAGCCCUGCGCAGGAGGCUGUGUAAGUGGCAAUGGUGAGACUAAAGAACAAGGAGAUGCCACAAACAAGAGUAGCUGUCUCUACACUGCACCUCCAGAGAGCUACUACUGGAGGGCCCCAGAGACAACUGUCCUCACUUUGCUGUCAAAACUGCAGGACCAGGCUGAGAGGCUGGUUGUCCAGACACACUGUGAAGAGAUGGAGGAGAUGGACACUCUGAGGCAGAGGGAGGAGGCUCUACUGAGUCAGCUGCCAGGAUUGGACUUCACAGACUAUGCUCUGAAGCUGGAGGAAAUCAUGGUGCAGAAAGCCAAUUGUAUACGCAGCAUCCGGGCUCAGCUCCAACUCUACCUCACCUACCCAGGGGCUGGGGGCCCUUAACCAGCCUGGGACCCUCUGGCUCUGUGUGAAUCCAGCUCACAGCCCCUGCACGGUGCAUCAGUGUGUCGCACACAUAUUUGGUGUUCUAAUCUAGUAUACGUAGUGAACACCUUUUACAACCUAAAGUGUGUAUAAUCAGUCGUACAACUCAGUCGCUGCUCAGGAAGUUAGAUGUACUUUGUUUAUAUUUAUAAUUAUUUUCCCUAUUAAUUUCUGUGUCUGAUAUGAUCAAUGAGUAAUGUAUUGUGUGUGUGUGUGUGUGUGUCUAUAUAUAUAUAUAUAUAUAUAGACACACACACACACACA